AUGGCAGACCACAAAGUGAAUACAGGCCACGCUCGGGUAGAGAUCGUGGCUAUGAACGUCGAGGUAGAAGAUCUUAUUCUCCUCGACAUCGACGUUCACGAUCUAGAUCGUAUUCACCCAGAAGAAGAUCCCGGUCUCCUCGAUCAAGAAGAUCCAGGUCACGUUCUCCUCGUGGUCGAUCAUCUCGCUCACCUCGUGAGGAACGUCGUCGCAGUUCGAGAUCGCCAUCACCCAAGAAAAGCAGUGCCUCUCCUGAAAGAAACGUUAACGGAAAUCAAUCGUCUAUGGAAACACGAAUAUGAUCUCUUGAAGACAAAAUACCUUAGAGAAAAAGGCGCUCUUCAAGAGGAGAACAAAGUUCUCCGAGCUGAAGUAACAACGUUAAAAACUAAACUCGAACGUUCAUCUAAAAAUGUCCACGAAGACACUUCACACGAUAACUUCUUAUCUCAUGAAAAUAAAAGACAGGAAUUGUGCAACAGAAAUCAUAAUGUAGAAGAACUGAUGAAAGAACAGCUAGCAGCGUAUCGUGAGGAUUUUAAACUAGAACAUGAAGACAAAGCAAAAAUCGAGAGCGAGAAAAACUCUUUACAGGAAAGACUUACGCAGUGUGAACAACGGUUCCAAGCGCUACACAAAGAGCUUGAUGUGUACAAACAGGAAUGCAAGCGGUUGCAAGAACUUCAUGGGAAAAGUAAGGAUAUCAAGAGAUAUCCGAGUAUAGAUAGGAGUAAAUCAUAUCCAGAGACAAGUUUAUUAUCAUACGAAGAUGAUCUUGUUGAUCCUAUGUCUACGAUAGCUUUACCACCAUCAAUGUGUAGCAAGCGUGAAGGGUAUUUGGCUUUUCGGGACUUUCGAACUGAGCAGUUGAAAAGGAGUGGUACUCCCCUAACUCCUAAAUCUAACCAAUACCAAAUUUAUGAAAAAUCCGCUGAACACUUUAUGUGCGUGGUUGUGGCCCGGCUCAGGUCCGUUAAACUCCAAAUAUGGCGAGUGUUAUUGUUUUUGCGUGUUCCCGGAUGCUACGGACCUCGUGUGUUGUUGUUUUCAUCCAGAGAAUUGAGCUGUAGGAUUUACUUACUAUCAAUUCAUCGCAGAAUUUAUUUCUUUUUGGUGAAGAUCAUGGAGGCAAACACGGGUGAACAUGAGGACGAUGCAUUAGCCUUGCUUGCAUUGAAAUCUGGUAUGAAUAACGGUGAGAAAAAGACUUGGUCUCCCGUUAAUGAAAUCAAACCCAUUGCCAAAUUGGAGGGCCGUGAGUUCGAAUACUUGGUCCGUCAAAAUCAUAUAUCCAUAGGCCGAAAUAGCAGCUUAGGUAUUGUCGAUGUUAACAUGGGCCAUUCUAGUUUUGUAUCAAGACGUCAUUUGGAAAUUUCGUUUGAUUCGAAACAUUUUUUCCUCAAAUGUAAUGGUAAGAAUGGAGUAUUUGUUGACGGCUCAUUCUUUCGUCGUGGUGACUCGACGCUGAAGUUACCCUCGAACUGCGUGUUAAGAUUUCCAUCGACGAACGUUAAAAUAUGGUUUACAUCAUUGCUGGAUGACAAUCUUCCACGUCGUGUUGCUAGCCCACCAAAAGCAACAAAAAAUCAUUCGUCACUAAAGAUCAAGAUACCAGAAACGAAGUCCACACCAAAUUCUCCCGUUCCCUCGCCAACCGGAACAAUAAGUGUUCCAAACUCUUGUCCUGCUAGUCCUGGCACAGGUAACAGCACUGCCUCUACACCUGUGUAUCUUGAGGAGACCACCGAGGUGCUGGAGGAACAGCCAAGUAUACCAAAGAACGAGAACACUUCUGGUAAAGAGGACGGAAAACCUCCUUAUUCCUAUGCACAAUUGAUAGUUCAAGCUAUUCUGUCAGCUAAAGAGAAACAAUUGACUUUGAGUGGAAUAUAUAAUCACAUCACAAAGAAUUAUCCUUAUUAUAGAUCUGCAGACAAAGGAUGGCAGAACUCCAUACGUCACAAUCUCUCGUUAAAUCGAUAUUUUGUCAAAGUACCCAGAACACAAGAUGACCCAGGUAAAGGAUCUUUUUGGAGAAUUGAUCCAAAUUGCGAGGGCAAAUUAGCUGAGCAAGCUUUUCGUAAACGAAGGCAGAGAGGAGUGCCUUGUUUCAGAUAUCCUUUUGGGACCCUUUCAUCCAGAUCUGCUCCUGCAUCUCCUACACAUGGACUUCAAUUCCCCGUUCAAACAGGAAAAUCACCCAAUUUGACCACACCUUCCUUAACACCUGAUAUCCUUCAACCACCCUCGUUACCAAACAACCCGAUGACAACAUUACUUAACAAAACAGCUGGAGUAAACAUUACAUAUACCAAUGUACCCCAAGUACAACACAUGGUUCCCCCGGUGACAUCACCUGCUGGUAAUAUUCAAACGGUUACCUUACAACCGGGUGUUGUGCAAGUUUCAUCAGCAAAUCUUGAGAUGGGACGUAUUCCAAUGACUGACAAACUUAUCGCACAGAAUGCUGAAACUUUAGCUAUUGUCAAUAAUAAGCAUCCUAUACCUGCUGCAUCAUCUUCUGCUUUAAUAACAGAAGCUCCUCUUACCCCAGUACAAACCCCCACUACUCUCACCUCGGGAUCAUCGGUCACCACAGAUCAACAGCGACCAAGUAAACUUGAAAUACGACCUCCACCUAUGGAGAUGACCCUUACACCUGAAACUUCGCCACUCGGCGUCCUCUCCCCCGCAGCAACUAACGCUGCUGUUAAUAUGGUAAUGAACAGUGUUAAGCGACCAUUUGUCAUUGGUAAUCUACACAACAUCGACGAAGAAGAACCAUUAGAGAAACGCUCAAAGGAAAUGGACGAAAAUGGCAUUUUGGAAGACAAGAGCAAGGUUUGUUCGGACGAUAAAGCGUAGUCGUAAAUUGUAUGUUAAUGAAGACGUCUGUUGUUUUCUUGGUCGUAAAGUGUUUAACUGAGCAGAGUUUUGCCGUGUAUAAAUGAAGGAGAGGUUUAAAGAUUCACUUUAUGUGCCUAAACUAUGGCAGACGUCAAUAUAUGGCCCUAAAUGUUAUCUCAGUGAAGCAAAAACACAGAUGUCUGGAUAGCAAUGUACAACGACGAAACGUUUUUUUAGUUUUUGUCUUAAAAAGCGUCAAUGCAGCCCAUGAAUUAUCGAGCAGCUUAUCCCGAGGUCGCGUCUCUUUAUAUCAAAUAAUUUCAUUAUUCUUUGAACUCAAAGGAAAUGAAAUAUCUUUUGAAAAAAAUGCGAACGUUUUGUAAUUUUUUGUCGUGUUCUAAAAAGGUGAAGCAAGAUGGAAUGAACGAAAGGGGUAUUCGCCAAUUUAUCAUCAGAGUCUUUAUUGUAGAGUAUAUACGCCAUCAUUUUAUUGAUUGAUUUAUCGUUAGAUUAUCGUUCUUUGAAAGCCAUUUUGAAAAUACUUUUCAGAGGAGGCGAAUAUCCUUAAUAAGUUAAAAGAAACAGAGACACAGUUUUUUCAUGUGAUAAAAUCCUUCAAAUGUGAAGGAUUCGUGUCUGUCUCUUUACAACACGAUUUUCAAACGUAGUUAUUGGACAUCUUUGCUGUGAGGACGAUGAUGUUUCCACUCGCGACCUAAGCAUAAACACAAGACGAACUGAGAGUUAGGAUAAUCUUGUUUAUGCUUAUGUUGCAAGUGAGGAGGACCAGUCUUCAAGAGGAUAAAAAUGCGAAACAGAUCAGAGAUGGAGAGACAAAAUUAGGUAAAUUCAUAGGCAAAACAAAAAUAUUUGUUUGUUUGAAAUUAUCUUUCGCGUUUUACAUCCGAAGAUUUAUAUCAGACAAUUUGUAUAUUUUCUAAUUUAAAACUCGAUAAAACGGCGAUUUUGUUGUUUUAUCGUAUUAUUAUUUUAAGAUGGACAAAACGCCCAUAAAUCAUUCCUGGUAAAGUCUCCUUAAGAUUAUACUCACCUGGAAUAUAUAAUAAUUUAUUUGAAACGUAUUACAAAAUCAGAUCAUGUCUUAAAAUGAUUAAAAGCGUUGUUGAGCUUGUAAAGCUA